AUGGAAUCGACAAAAAAAAUUAAAAAUUUCCGUGAAAAUGUAAAAGAAAUCGACCAAUUAUCAAAAAAAAAAAUACAAACUCGAAUUUUUCAACCUUUUCGUGCGAUUGGAUAUGUUACAAAUGAAAUACCUUUUGAUAUUCAAGCAAGAGGACAAGUCUUUUUUAUUACAACCUGUGUGGGCAAUAGCUUUCACGUUUAUGAUUGUGCUAAACUUGGUUUGAAAUGUGUAGGAACGAAAACCGAUAAACCGAUAACUGCAUUAGCUUCAUUUGGUGAUUUUACUUAUGUGGCUUGUAGUCAAGAUCUAAUUGUCUAUGAAAAAAAUCGUGAGAAUUCACGAUAUUUUGCAGGUUCUCGCGGCAGUAUUUUUUCAAUUGUAAUUUUUGGUAAUUGGUUAAUAGCUUUGUGUGAAAAUGAUAAUAAAUUUAUCGUUUGGGAUCAUAUAACUAGAGAACUUGAAGCAGAAAUUUCAUUUGAUAAUGAUUUCACUGUAACGACAAUGAUUCAUCCAAGCACAUAUUUAAAUAAAAUAUUGGUUGGUAGUAGGGAAGGAACUAUGCAGAUCUGGAAUGUGGUCUCAAAAAAGUUGAAAUAUUCAUUUUCUUCAUUCGGAUCACCGAUUACUUUUCUCACACAAUCCCCCGUUGUAGAUGUUGUUGCUAUCGGAUUACUAGAUGGGAGGAUAAUAUUACAUAAUAUUAAAUUGGACGAGCUUUUAAUUUCUUAUAAACAAGAAGGCCGCGUGACAUCAAUCUCAUUCAGAACUGACGAACAUCAUAUUAUGGCGUCUUCUAAUAUGUAUGGAGAUAUCGCCCUUUGGGAUCUUGACAAACAAAGAUUAUCACAUAUUAUGAAAGGCGCACAUGAAGGUUUAAUUCCUUCAAUAAAAUUUCUCAAUGGGCAACCAAUACUUGUGACAUCAGGCGCAGAUAAUUCGGUUAAGGAAUGGAUUUUUGAUUCUUUAGAUGAAGCCGAACCAAGAUUAUUAAAAUCUCGUAGUGGACAUCAUGCUUCACCAACUCAAAUUCAAUAUUACGAUUCUGAUGGACAUUUUAUUAUAAGUGCGGCAAGAGAUAGAUCGUUAAGAGCAUUUUCAAUAGUAAGAGAUUCACAGAGUGUAGAACUAUCACAAGGAUCCUUGGUUAAAAAAAACAAGAAAUUCACAUCUGCUCGUCAAUCUAUUGAUGAACUUAAAUUGCCUCAGAUUAUUCAAUUUUCCGCAUCUGAAACAAAACAAAAAGAAUGGGAUAAUAUAGUCACAUGUCAUAUUAAUGACAAUGGGGCUCGUACAUGGUCAUUUCAGUCAAAGGUUAUUGGAAAACAUAUUUUUCGAACUAAUGAUGAAUCACUUGUCAAAACAUCAAAUAUCAGUGCUUGCGGAAAUUUUGGUUUCAUUGGAACUUCAUCUGGAACAAUAGAAAUAUUUAAUAUGCAAUCUGGAAUUCAUCGAAAAACUUUUGCUGGGGAUGGAAAACAUGUCAAAGCCAUUUCAGGUUUAGCUGGCGAUUCACUUAAUCGAAUCUUAAUUAGCAGUUCUCUUGAUGGCACAGUUAAGAUAUGGGACUUCAAUUCUGCCAAACUUUUGCACACAAUAAAUGUUAUUUCUCCUAUCACUAUAUUAAAAUUUCACACCAUGAAUGAUUUGUUAGCAAUUGCGACUGAUGAUUUGGGUAUUCGUGUUAUAGAUGUGGAAACACGUAAAAUUGUCAGAGAAUUUUGGGGUCAUCGAAAUCGAAUAACUGAUAUGACAUUUAGUCCAGAUGGACGAUGGAUUAUAUCAUCAUCCCUUGAUGCCACCAUUCGAACUUGGGAUCUUCCCACUGGCCAUUUAAUAGAUGUAUUUGAAGUUGAUCAUAUUGUAACUAGUUUAGCAUUUUCUCCAAAGGGUGAUUUCUUAGCAACCACUCAUGUGGACUUAGUUGGGAUAUAUUUAUGGGCAAAUCGUACACAGUUCACUAAUGUUACUUUGAGGAAAAUAAUAGAUGAUGAUGAAAUUCUAUCUAUAGGACUUCCCACUACCUCAGGAGUCGAUAGUGAUGCUGAAGAUUUUAGUGUAAUUGAUUCCGAAAUGACAAAUAAAAAAUCCUUUGAAACACCAGAACAACUUACUGAACAAAUGAUAACAUUAUCAUCACUACCAAAAUCAAAAUGGCAGAAUUUAUUGAAUCUUGAUACUAUUAAGAAACGAAAUAAACCUAAAGAACCUCCAAAACCAUUAGAAAAGGCACCAUUCUUCUUACCUACACUUCCAGGAGUUGAUCCAAAAUUUAUUCCAGUCAAUAAUACACAUGAAACUGAUAAAAAAAUGCAAAACGAUAAAUUUAUUAAAUUUGGUGACAUCGAAAUGGAAACUAAGUUUAUUAAAAUUUUAAAAAAUAAUCAUUUUAAGGGAGAAUAUACCGAAUUUUUCAAUUUUGCAAAAACUUUAAAUCCUUCAGCUAUUGACUUCGAAUUAAGGUCAUUUAGCCUAAAAAAUGAUUUUGAAGAUCUAAAAUAUUUCUUAGAUGCCAUUGAAUCAAGAAUUAAAUCGAAAAAAGAUUUUGAAUUGAUUCAAGCUUAUUUAAAUCAUUUUUUAAAAAUAUAUGGAGAUAUUAUUGUUAAUAAUCCUCAAAAUUUUAAAAAUUAUUUAGAAUCAAUAUUAAAUGAACAUAGAAAAGAAUGGUCAAGAAUAGAGGAAUUAAUACAUUAUAAUGAUUGCAGACCUGUUGUGUAA